AUGACUAAGCAGGCAGUUGAGGGGAAUUUAACAACACAUGUUCCUUUUCCACCUUCAAGUCCAUUGUCAAGUGCCCGUGAUAUAUUCCGUCCUAAAAGAGACAUUGGAUACAGUCCUCAGCAUAGUUAUUCUUCACUGUCUGCAUUUGAUUAUAAUAUUAAGGGAGAUGCGGCUUCUAUGCCCUCACAUCUUAUUUUGAAGGAUCCUUUGGAGGAACCUCAGGAUCCUUUGGAGGAACCUCAGUUAAUUUAUAUUGAGGAAAGGGGAAAGGCAAGCAUAAUGAGGGAAUUUGAUGAAAAAACGAUUUGGACCAGUGAUUGUAUUCCUCUGAUGGCAUCAUUUAAUAAAGGGAAGAUGCAACACUCUCUGUGGGUUGCAGAAGUUGUUGAUUGUAACCUUGAAGUUGCAAAUUCUAAAUUAUCUGAUGUAGUUCCUCCGGGGGUGUUACCGAAACAGUGUUCCUUUCGAAGGAUAUGGCAAGGGAAGGGUGCCCAAACAGCUGCUAGAUAUGUCCUUGGCCAUCCUUUGCCUACCAUGUUGCAUGCUUACUGUUGUGUUCCUUUCCAUUUUCAGCACUUGACAUUUACUCGAUUUUAUGAUACUUGUCCUACUUCUGAGAAUCUAUCAGUUUUCCUGGCAACUGAUGAUGAUACUGCACCUAUUAUUUGUUUUCUUCUCCAAGAACGAAAAAAGUUGUUGUCAGUGAGGCUUCAAAGUGUAGAAAUAAAUAAUGAGAUUCUCUAUGAUAUCAAACCCGACAUGAGCUGGAGUGUACCAGCAGUUGUGGCAGCACCUGUUAUUGUAACUCGUCCGAGAGUGAAAGUGGGACUGCUGCCGUGUGUAGACAUCAUGGCUUUGACUUCAGAAAAUUCCCUUCUUCUUUAUUCUGGCAAGCAAUGCCUGUGUAGAUAUACAUUGCCUUCUGUUUUGGGGAAAGGUCAGGCUUUGCGUACUUUGAAGUCUUCAGAAAUAGCUUCUGCUCUCCUUGAUGUAAAAAUUGUUGGAUUGGCUGAUGCUGUUGAAGGCCGUGUUAAUGUUAUUUUGACUAAUGGGCAGAUCUACAGAUGUACAUUGCGAAGAAGACCAUCAUCAUCAUUGGCAAAUGAUUGCAUCACUACAAUGGCUGAGGGGCUCACUUCUAGUUUCUUCAAUCAUUUUCUUGUGCUUCUGUGGGGUGAUGGUGAUUCGGCGUAUUUAGCCCAGGCAGAUUCUGGUGUUGACUCGGAGUGGGAGUCUUUUUGUAGUAUUAUAAUGCAAAUGUGCAGAAAGUCUAGACAUGUCCCUCGAAGGAGUUCAAAUUCAGUUUCUCACUCAUCAUGGGAGUUUCUUAUCAACAGUAGUUUUCACAAGAACUACUGUAAACAAAAAUUUAUUCCUGAAAUUUCUCCUAGAAUGUCACUUGAUCUGCAGGGGUCAGAUUCAUCUGGAUCUUUUCUACAUGGUAUCCAAAGCCCAACAGAGCUAUUUAUGGAGACUCUGGAUUCUUUGCAUGGAUUAUAUGAAAGCCUGAAAUUAGACAAUCUUCGCAAACGGUGA